AUGUCCCUGAACGACAAGGAUAUCUCGCUCGGUGGUAACAAGGGUGUCGACCUCCACCCCGGUGUGGCGAACCCAACUACUUCCAGCACACAUGCUGAUCCUCUCGCUGCCAACUUCGUCAGUGCACCGACAACUCGGACGUUGACGAACGUAACUGACCCGACGUCGGAAGAGGUCGGUGCAGGCGCACCGAGCAAUUUCGACGGUGACCGCCAGGCCAAGCGUAACUUCUCCAAGACUGCCGGUGUCAUCGAAUCACGGCCAGGUAUCAUCGAGACGACGAAUAUCGAUCCCCUGAACGAACACUCGAAUGACGAUGAUGGCUGGGCAAAUGCCAUUAAUCCGCCCAAGUCGACCGGCACGGGUGCUAGUCGUACAACCAGCGGUCUGACAUCUACUGCCACGAGUGCGGUUACCGGUGCUGCCUCUAUGGCCACUGGUGCAGCCAAGCUGGCGUAUGGACAUGUCGCCGGUGACGAGGCUGCUAAACAGGCUGGAAAGGAAGCUGUCUGGGGAAAGCAGUAA